AUGGAGCAAAUCAAGGUCUUCUAUGUAAAUAAAGGUCAUUUAUUGACUUUUGAAAUAGGUACAUUACAGUUAUUCAAGAAUGUUAGAUCACAGGUUUGCGAAGAAAUAGGAAUAGAUCCGAAAGAUCAGUUAUGGAUGUUACUUGAUGGCACAGCUAUAGAUAAUCAAAAGAUGUUAAGCGAUUAUCCGGGUCAUGGUAAAGACAAAUCGCCAUUCAUUAUAUAUCAUAUAAGGAAUAAGAAUAAUAUGAGUGACAUGAUGUUUAAAGGAGAUCUCAAAGAAAUAUCCGAUACAGUUGAAUCAGCAAUGGAUAAGAUCAAGAGGAUUCAGUCUAAUAGUAAUACAAACGAUUUGUAUACUGAUUUACCCAAUGCUGUAUUGAACUGUUGUGGAAAAACGGCAAUGCUGGUUAAUGAAUGGUGCACACAGUUAAUCAAUGAACAUAACUUAUUAACAUCAAGUUGGCAAUGUAUAUUCGGGAGCGUAGAAGAAUCAUUAUCACUUACUCAAAAGAAAUAUAAAAUAUUCAAAAAGAAAUUCGAUGAGUUAGACGGGAAAAUCGAAGAAGUAGUCAAUUUACAAGAGAACUAUGCUGACUGUUUGCAAUUACUUAAAAAGAUAAACUUGCCUGCUCAACUGUUAGCACACUCACGCAGUCAAAAGCUUGAUCAAAGCCCCAAAUCUACUAAUUUAUAUGAAUGGUUAGACAACUCUGAUCCCAAUAAUUCCAUCGACAACUUGGUUGAUCAACUACUAGAGCAAUAUGAGCUGAUCAAGAAAACAAAUGAUAAGGCAGUACUUGAAAGUAUUAACUAUGUGGAGGAUCAAACAAGAAACAAAGAUUUACGUGAAAUUAGUGGAAUUACAAGAAGAAUGCAAACGUUGAAGCAGAACCAAGCAAAAGUGACAGAGCUCUUUGACAGAAUUAAACACACUAUACAAAUAAUGACAAUGGCUUCACCUCCAAUUACAGAUACUUAUAUGAUUCAGAAUAAAGUAGAUGACUAUAUGCGAAUGUCUGACAAGAUAAUGGAAGAUUUACGCAAAAUGAAAGAAUAUUGUGUUACAUUCAGGAAAUCUAAAGAAGAGCUUUUAGCUAAUAUCAAUGCCCGAAUUCACGGAUGGGUCGUCAUGGCUUGUGAUCGGAUGGAUAAAUCCUUUAGGGAAAUGGUUUACUUCCAUGAGAGACGUUAUGAGCUUUCAAGAAAAACUGAAUUAGUUCAGAAAAUUGAGGCUGCUCCGGAAGUGUUCGCACAAAGCGUAUCCGAGGUUUCAAGACGAAGCUUGUUUCGUAAACACUUUGUUACCUGGCAAAAAGCUUACAUGAAGUUCUCUGAAAUGUUAUUGAAACAAGAAAAAGAGAAAAGAAAUAACUUCAAAGAAAUAAUCGAAAACCACUUUUUGAAAGUUUUGUUCAGAGGACUAGAAGAUCCAAUGCCGGAAUUUUUCAAUAAAAACAUUCCCAGUUUUGAUAUGAGCAUUCCACCUUUGGAUGAGAUCUAUGUUGAUAAGAUAACCACAGCCUGCCCUGAACUCACUAUCACAAUGGAUAUAGAUUCACAGGAUAUAGUUCGGAAACUGAUGCUACAAGCACAAUGUCUGAAUGUGAGUGCAAUAAGUCAUGAUUCUCCUGAAUCUUCCAACACACCAACAUCCUGCAUACAGUCCAGCAAGGACAAUUUCGAUUCCAUUUCUGGUUACACCAAUUCUGCGAAUCGCUUAUCUUUAUCCGAGAGAAAGUCCUCUGAAGACUCUCCACCCCUUAUUGAUCAAGAAACUCAGAGCUCGGUUUUCUAUCCAGAUUCUCUGUUCAAUGAAUACAAAUAUAUUAUUUCGGAUGUUCAAUCCAUAAAGAAACAGCUAUCACUUUUACGUACUGAUUUCGAGGAAACUAUUACUGAAACUUCAACAAACUUCGCAAAUAUGGACAACAUGGUCAAAGAGCAUAAAGCUCGUGAGGAAAGAGAGAAAACAAAAGAAAAGAUUAUCGAGCCUGACGCUGACGAUAAGAUGGAUAAUGUAGUAGAGCAUCAAGGAAAGGAAAUUGUUGAUCUGAAAAAGUUGUUGGACAAUCAGGCGAUUAUGAUAGAGAUGCUCAAAACAGAGCUUGGUAAAGAUAGGAGUGACACGGAAGAAAGUACGAUAAUGUUUAAAAGUUCCAUUGAAAAUGGAAACAUGGCAAACUCAGUAAGCUUUUUUGCUGAAAAGUUAGACAAAGGGAUAUCCACAGACAGAAAUGAUCAAGCAAUUGACGCUUCAGUAUACGGGAAAGCGGAAAAUGGAGAUAAAUUCACCCAAACGCGACUGAAUCUGAAAUCAAUGGAGAUGAUGAUUUCUCUUCAUGAUAUAAGUGAAGGGGCUACUGUACUUAUAGUUUAUGAUGAGCGAUAUCAAGCAUUCCUACUAUUUAGUUCUUCUCCUUAUCUACACUUUGUUAAAGAGUCUAGUUUACGGAGAAUGAACUUAUUAAGCCCCACGGGUCCUGUGCGAACUUGGUUCCUCGGAAAAGUCAACAGCCUGGAUUUAUGUGUUAUUAGGAAAACAAAUAAUAGAUAUAAUCUUGAACUGAAUACGCGUGUCUACCGAGUGGAUGUUUCCUCGGUGUUACUAGACGUCAGAGGAAUUAAUGUGAAAACCGAUUAA